AUGUAUCGCCGUCCAUCUGAUCAUGUCCCGGCCAAUUUGACAAAUACAACUGCAUUAAGUUCGACUACAACAAUGCUUGGUGGAGCUGUUGCCUCAUCACAGCGCCGAUUUGCUGGACACAAAAUAUCUAAAGUUCGUUUCCUCGCUGAUCAGGCAGAGUUUACUGGUCGUUUGGUUACUGGCUCGUGGUGUUCAAUUGGUCAACAAAACGGAUAUUUAACUCUUUGGAAUGUAAAUAAAAAUGAGGGAAUUAAAAAUGACAAAAGUUUUGCCUGUAAAGAAAGAAUUUCUGUCGGAAAUGGAGUUGACGUUAAUGAUAUUUUGGUUGUAAAUUCACAACAAUUUUUGGCUUCAAUGAGUAAUGGAGAUGUUAGAAUAAUUAAUUGUGCAUCAAAUGAAGGGAAUGGGGAUGAGAAUACUGACAGUGAAAUUGGUGAACAACAAGUAAAUGACCAAAAUAAAGAGGAGUUAAUGACAACUGUGGCUGUUUAUAAAAAUGUUCACAAGCAAGCAUCUUCAAAGACUAUUUGCCUAAUGGAUAACGAUAUAUUUUCUGGCUCAGAAACUGGCCAAAUUGUUCGAAUUCAACCAGCAAGUCGUUCAACUCAUGCAGUCCGUCCUUUUGCUGAUGAUUUAAUGGGUGUCACUCAUUUACGUACAUGUGACAAUUUUUUAAUGCUUAGCGCGCAUUCGACAGGACAGAUUCACUUAUGGGAUGUAAGAAAAAGACCUCAGAGUCCUGACUUUGGUAUAUUUGUAUAUUUUUUUAAACAAAAAAUUUUCUUAAAAGGUAUUGAGCCUUUAAAUUCUCGUCCAGUGACUGGAUUAAACAAUUCUAUUACUGCUAUUGCUACGCAUCCAACUCAGUUACACGUGGUUGGUAUAGGAACUCAUGAUGGUGUUGUCUCUUUUAUUGACCUUCGCCAAAAUAAUGAACCCCUUCCUAUUGCAUUUAGGGUUUCACAAGAACCAGUGACUGAGAUUAAAUUUCAUCCAUUAUAUGCAAAUAAUUGUUUUUCACUUUCUGAGUCUUCUUUAAUUCAUUGGGAUGGAACUGUGCUUUCCCGUGAAAUUAAUAAAACAAUUUAUUCUUCACCAAAUAAUGGAGGGGGUGAUCAAUUGUUGGAUUCUGAAUUAUUGGUAAUGGAAAUGGAUGAAGAAGAUGAAAGGCGAAAUAUUUGGCUUUCUGCCCGUGCAUCAACAAAUAUGCAAUUACGUGUUUUAAUUGAAGGUGAGCCAAAAUUGUUAUCCACUUUUGAUAUUGUUGAGGGUGCUUUAGUAGGCGGUUCUCAUACUGCUGAAUUAAUUCUUUUGAAGGGAAUACAUUUUGUUAAUUAA